CUGGUACGACGGUGGGGCGUGGGGCCUUUUCUUUCGGCUGUUGUCAGUUAGUUAGGGCUAAGAUCUGAUCACUAGAGAACACGUUAUAAAAUAACUAUCAUGUCUGUAGGAACAGCGUUAGCGGUCUCUGGGAGGAGAACAUCUGGGGCACCAGUGAGGACGCAGAAUGUUAUGGCAGCAUGCUCAAUAGCGAACAUUGUGAAGAGCUCCCUGGGACCCGUUGGCCUGGAUAAAAUGCUGGUUGACGACAUUGGUGAUGUGACCAUAACAAACGAUGGUGCGACUAUCCUGAAGCUGUUGGAAGUGGAACACCCCGCAGCCAAGGUUCUCGUGGAGCUGGCCGACCUGCAAGACCAGGAAGUGGGAGAUGGCACUACCUCUGUUGUACUGAUCGCUGCUGAGCUUCUAAGGAAUGCGGACGAGCUGGUAAAAUGCAAGAUCCAUCCCACUUCCAUCAUCAGCGGCUACCGUCUUGCAUGCAAGGAGGCAUGCAGGUAUAUCCAGGAGCACCUCACCACCCCUGUAGACGAGCUCGGACAUGACAGUGUUGUGAAUGCUGCGAAAACAUCCAUGUCAUCAAAGCUCAUUGGAACGGACUCUGACCUGUUUGCGAACAUGGUAGUUGAAGCAGCCAUGGCCAUCAGGGUGUCCGAUGGGAAAGGAGGUUACCGUUACCCCAUCAAGGCUGUCAACGUUCUCAAAGCCCACGGCCGUAGUGUCAGGGAGAGUACUCUGGUUCACGGCUAUGCUCUCAACUGCACGGUCGCAUCUCAAGCCAUGCCAAAGAAGAUUACAAAUGCAAAGAUCGCAUGCUUGGACUUCAACUUGCAAAAGGCAAAGAUGCAUCUUGGAGUGCAAGUCUUGGUGACAGAUCCAGAGAAACUUGAAGCCAUUAGGCAAAGGGAGAUGGACAUUACGAAGGAACGCAUCCAGAAACUGCUGAAUGCUGGUGCCAAUGUUAUUUUGACAACGGGUGGCAUUGACGACCUCUGUCUCAAGUACUUCGUUGAGGCUGGUGCCAUGGGCGUUCGUCGCUGUAAGAAGCAAGAUCUGCGUAGAAUUGCCAAGGCCACUGGAGCUCAGUUGCUGGUAAGCCUUGCUAAUAUGGAAGGAGAAGAGUCUGUAGAUCCAAGCAUGCUAGGAGAGGCAGAAGAGGUGGUGCAGGAGAGAGUGUGUGACGAUGAGCUCAUCUUGAUCAAGAAGCCCAAAGUGCAAACGGCCAGCUCCAUUGUUGUUCGAGGCGCCAAUGACUUCUUUGUGGACGAAGUGGAGCGCUCGAUCCACGAUGCCCUCUGCGUGGUGCGUCGGGUGCUUGAGUCGAAGACAGUGGUUCCAGGAGGUGGCGCCGUGGAAGCUGCAUUGUCCAUCUACCUGGAGAACUUCGCAACUUCUCUGAGCUCUCGUGAGCAGUUGGCCAUCGCAGAAUACGCGCGCUCCCUCCUCGUCAUUCCCAAGACUCUGGCCAUCAAUGCCGCCAAAGAUGCAACCGAUCUGGUUGCCAAGCUCCGGGCAUAUCACAACAGCUCGCAGACCAAGCCUGAGCAUGCACAGCUAAAGUGGGUUGGUCUAGACCUGCUCGAAGGCACAGUACGUGAUAACCGCAAAGCAGGCGUGCUGGAGCCAACAGUGUCGAAGGUAAAAUCCCUCAAAUUUGCCACCGAAGCAGCGAUAACCAUCCUGAGGAUCGAUGACCUGAUCAAGCUGGAGCCUUCACCCAAUGCACCAGACCCAAGAGACGAGUGCAUGUGAGGCAUUGUGUCCCACAGUUUCUUGCGGUGUAACUUAACAUGCUUGUUUUACAUCACCAUUUAUUUAACGGCAUUGUUGUAUAAGUUGCCUUUUUUUUUUAUAAAAUACGAGCAACACUUCGCAAAUAAAGGCAAUUAUUUUUGUUCA